AUGGGGGAGCAAUCGAAGGCUCCUCUGGAGAAGCUGAUACGUGAUUACGGAGUACAGGGCGGGGUCGGGCCCCUCUACCCGGUGAACAGGCCAUGGCUGCACGUGUCCUAUGACGAAGCAUCACCUCCACACUCCUGCAAGGAAGAGACGCUGAGCAUUGGGUCCCUGGCCAAGACCCGCACGACCCCAUGCAAGGAAGCAGUCGCUCGCACGAGGGCCAAGAUAGGCCUCGGUGUGACGCUGCUCAGAGAGCGAGAUGGGGUCUGGGUCUACAACCAGUCGGAACAUGCCGUCUUCGUCAACUCUCCCACUCUAGACGGUCCAAACGUGCGGAACCUGACCGUUUUCAAGGCUACUCCUUGCGCGGUCUUCGACUGGGAGCGGGCGGCGCUGUACCGCCACCACUACCAGAGACACCCUCCAAACGAGCCGUUUGACACAGACUCGGUGCACAUCUCGUUUGUCAAGGGAUGGGGCAACAAUUACUCGAGACGGAUCGUCACAUCGUGCCCCUGCUCUCUGGAACUCCUUUUCCGUGUGCCAGCGAGGUGAUGAACUUCUUCCCAGAAGCUCAGUGACCCAUCUCACUUUAACCGUCCAGGCUAGUCUACAAGAGGAGCUCGACGAAGCACAGCCGCAAACAACCUCGGCUGUCCGUCGAGUAAGUCGCCCUGCCGGUGAACUUGCUGGGAAGAGCG